AUGGAAAGAGUGUUCCAGAGGAUAAACGAGCUUCUGAAAAAUCCCAGGCUGGAGGAUUUGGCUGCUGCAUUUGAAGAGGACGGAUACAUAAGAAUGAACAGAGUAUACAUAUCCCCGUUUUCAUUAAAGCAGCUGUUGAUCAAGCUUGUGGGGAUGGGGUUGGCCUCAUGGCAAAUGAAUCCGAAUGGGCUGUUUUUCCAGUUCAGGACAUUCCGACUGAAGUUUCAUGGGUCAGUGAAUGUUGUGAUGAAACAGAGGAUAUUUUGUAUAGAGAUUGACUUUGAUCCCAGUAUUGAUGGAGGAGCAGGAAUUCCGGUACUCAAGGAGCUCGAAGGAUAUCUGAAAGGAUGCGAUGCACUUUUUUUCAUGACGUAUGCAAUUGACAUUGACAAGGAGAUUCUUCAGAAUCCUCUUUCUGAGAGCUUCGACUUUUUGUACAAGAAGAGUUUUGGGAAGAAGUAA